AUGUCGACCCUGUUGAAAGCCGCGAAAUUAUUUCGCAACAAGGGAGGUGCGUUCAGUCCGGCUGACGUCAAAGAGUUGGACGUAGGUUUAUUUUACUGACUAUAGUUGGGAUGUAAUUAAUAGGAAAUACGAGAUGAUAAAUAACCGAACCAACGUUUCAGGGGAAGGAUGUGAUUGCGUUCUAUUUCUCUGCUCAUUGGUGCCCUCCUUGCCGUGCCUUUACUCCUGAACUCAAGGAUUUCUACAACGAAGUAAACAAAGGUUCAUCCAAGCUGGAGGUUGUGUUUUUUUCGUUUGAUCGCAGCAAGGAGAGUUGUCACGAUUACCUAAAGGAGGCUCAUGGAGAUUGGCUCUUUCUCGAAGCCGAAGACCCAAAAAUUGAGUAUGAUGACAAUUUAGAAAUUAAGAUCAUCCGAUUUCAAAAUUUAAUUAUUUGUUUUAGGGAAAUCGCAAACAAGUUUAACGUGGAGGGAAUCCCCGCCCUCCUUUUGGUCAACAAAAACGGAGAAAAGGUCGGCGAUGUCCGUGCUGAUGUCACCGUAGGUUGAACUCGUUAUCUUUGACACUGAUUAUUCAAUCUUUAGGGUAUUCCUCCCCUCGUGGCGAUUUCGCAAUGGAUCGAGAAAGUGAAGCAAUGA